AUGAUACUCCUAUUGGAUUGGGAAUAUGAUCCUUAUGUGGAAUAUAUUACUCAUUCCACACUCACAUUGCUCGCACUUGGCGCAACACGAGAAAUGCACAAAAUAGUAAGCAACAAUUCAAUAAAAAUUCGUUACUACGCUUGGAAAUUGGGAAAAACAGGAAUCGAAACUAGAACACGAGAAAACCGAGCGUAUUCUUUAUACACAUGAUGAUUAGUGGAAACAAGGUAGUACCAUCGAAAUCCUGAUUCUAUUUAACAAACUCCGCCUCUCCGAUUCUUUGAAUUUCUUUUGGAGAAACGAUCACAAAUUAGCAGCAACAAAACUAUUCAAGCUCAAUUCAGACAGAACGAACAAUAAUCGAUCUCAUCAGGGUUACACAGUUCCAUUCAACUAUCCGAAAUGAUUAACCACUGUUGCAACUACAAUAAGAUGCAGGGAACCAUAUACAAUGGUGGAUUCACAAAGGAACGAAAACAGAGAGUUUGAUAGAUACUGAAAGAGUUACAAAUAGAAUAGAAGAGAUAAAGUGCAAAUGGUAGAUAGGGCAUUCUUUUUUUGAGGUUCAGUGUAUUUUAUCCAUCUUCUCUGGAAACUAUUGGAAUCGAGAAGCUCUGUUCAUUCCUACGUCAUAACAACCUAAUUUGAAGAUGCCUCAGCGAAGGUAUUACUGCGACUAUUGUGGACGGUCAUUUAUUGAUUCUAAGGAGAAAAGAGACGCGCAUUUUCAAUCUCAGCUUCAUCAAAACAAUGUGCGCAUGUGGUACGAAUCGAAGCGAGGUAAGGCUUGAUUCUUUGCUAUUUUGAAUAGAAACGGCAGCUGCUGUUCAGCGUUCCAAGACUCAGCAAGUCUGCAUGACUUUUAAAAAGAGUGGGUUUUGCCGACUAGGAAACAAAUGUCCUUAUCGCCACGUCGGGAUCACGGACGAUAUUCGAGAUGGUUUUAGCGUAAUUCCAGGUAUUCUUUUGCAGAGUGUGCCAUCGUAGAUGGAAUGCUGGAGACCACCGUGCGCCCAAUCGAGGAUACGCCCUGGGUUCCUGUUGAAGCCAAUCCAGACUGCACGCUGGCUGCAGCAGAUGCACGAGAGACAAACAAUGCGGAGGAAGGAAAUCAAGAAUCAGCCCCCCAAACAUUCCGCGAACGAUUUUUACCCUUGCGCGUGGAUUUGCCACCUUCCCUUCUGCCUGUCCACUCAAGUGUUUUUGAAAGUGCACCGCCCGUCGAGUGGGG